AAAACCAGUUACUUCGAAUUCAUAUAAUGUACAGGACAUUGAAACAGAUGUAGAUCUAGUUGUGAACUGAUACUUUAUAAUUAUUAUCAUCCAGAAAAAAACCAUAAUUAUUAAUUAAGGCUAAGUAAUUUCCUGUACAUGACAAGAUUAAAGUUAAAGCAAUUAAACAGUAACUAUGGAGCCAGUACAGUAGGCUUUAACUAAUAGAUGUAGAAUUGCUUCCACAUACAGUAUAGAUCUAGAUCUAUCAGGAGCACAAUCAAAGACAGGAUGGGAGUUUCACAUCAACUCCUAUUGACACUAUUAAUGACAGUGAUCACCUUGCUCACUUCCACUGCUCAGGCCCAAUUCACUGGAUGCUUCACUGAUCCUGGCUGUGCUACUCUUGUUGUGGGGGGACCUUCUUCCAAUGCUGAGGACUGUUGUGUCAAUAAUAAUGCAGGACUGUAUUACAAUGAUGGUGGUCAAUGCUUCCAGUGCAUAGUGGAACCUCCAAAUAGUGAAGUCAGUGAACGAGGUUUGUCUGUUAUUCGGAGGUAUCCAAUACUGGGAGGUUUUACCACACAGUGUUACCCAAAUGUGUUUAGUAUAGGAGUGGUGAUUGGUUUCACUCAGACUGUGUACCAAGCUACUGAAGAUGUGGACGACAACGUACAGCUGUUUGUGAACGUUCUCAUGGGUGAGCUCAGGCAUGAUGUCAUUGUUAACUUUGCUACAGAGGACGGUUCUGCCCUUGAUGGAUCGGGCUACACUGGUGUGACCCAGACUCUGACCUUUAACGAGGGGACAGUGUCCAUUCCCAUCACCGUGGAUAUACGGAGAGAUGACAUCAACGAAGUGUUGGAGCGUUUCAUUGGUCGAUUGACAACUGAUGAUGUUGACAUUAUCCUAUCACCCAACGUCACCACCGUAGAGAUUACUGAUAAUGAUGCUGUGACUGUGAGUUUCCAGCAGCCCAUCUACAUGUUUGCUGAGGGGGUGGGUAGCGAAACAGUGUGUGUGGAGAAAGUGGGAGCCACCACUCAAUCUAUCUCCGUCAUGGUGACAGGACCAUUCCAAGCUGAGACUGGUAACAGAGUUGAUUGUGUUAUCACAUUUGCACCCGACCAGUUCUUACAAUGCAUCGAUUUCAACAUCACGGACGAUCAUAUUGCACUGGAAGAGACUGAAAUGUUUAGCUGGACACUAAUGGUACAGGGAUCACCUGAGCUGGUCACUCUGGGUGAUAAUAGCGCUACUGAUGUCCUUAUCUUGGAUGAUGACGUGCUGUCUCUGACGGUGACCAAAGGAGAUGUGAUCCCUGAGAGCGCCACCACUGCCCGCACUUGCAUCACGUUCAGUAACCAAAUAGCCAGAGACGUUGAAGUGGAGAUAUCUACACAGAUGGGAGUGCCUGAAAACAGCAGCACACCUGCUCCUGCUGGAAUAGCCACACCUGGUGUUGACUUUACCACUAUCAGUGCCCCCCUCACACUGACCCCCGAGAACAGUGUAACGGGCGAGAGAUGCUUCGAUAUUGAACUUUUACCAGAUGACAUUGUUGAAGAGGAUUUGGAAUGCUUCACAGUUGAGUUAUUACUACCCGAGGCUGAUAGACAGAGUAUUAUAUUGUCAGGCGGAACACAGAUUUGCUGUAUCCAAGACGAUGACAUUGUGACGAUUGGCUUUGAUCCUGUGUCUUACCUUGUUGAGGAAGAUGAUGGAACAGUGACACUCAACGUUAGGAUCAUCUCCAGUCAACUUGCUCGACCGGUUGAAGCUCUAGUAAUCACUGAAGAGGCUUCCGCUACUUCAACAACACCGGCCGAUUUUAUCAAUCCUGGAACAGUCACACUGCAGUUUGACGGCCUUGCCACGAUGCAUACCGUUGUUAUCAAUAUUGAUAAUGAUGAUAUUUUUGAGAAUCCAGAGAUGUUUUUUGCCAAUUUGGUCAGUUUUGACCCAGCUGUUAACAUUGCCCCAGGCCGUGCUGAGAUUACUAUCGUUGAAGAUCCUGAGAGAAAUGAUAUCGUCACUAUCGGCCUGGAGGGAGACUACAGUGUCACAGAGGGCGGUGUGCAGGAAGUGUGCGCUGUACUGGUAUCUGGAACACUGGAGCGUGACGCCAUCGUAACCCUUAGUACAGCUGAUGGCAGCGCCAUCGCUCCCGGUGACUACAGUCCACUAUCGGUUAUGCUAUUGAUGUUCAAUGCUGGUACUACUCGAGCGUGUGCUAACCUUAUCACUGAGACUGACCAGGUGGUGGAAGGUUUGGAGACUCUAGAGCUGAGACUAACAACUGAUGACUCAGCAGUUAUCCUCAAUCCAGACACAUCCAAUGUUAAGAUUGUCGACACUGAUAGUUUAGAGUGUGAAGAGCUGCCAUCUCUCGGGAAUGGAUCUAUCUUGUAUCACAUCGGCACCACUUUCCUGGGAACCAUAGCAAUGUACACGUGUGAGGAUGGGUUCUUCCUAGAUGGGGAUAAUGAGAGGAACUGUACCACUGGAGAGGCAGGAAGUAGAAUGGUGUGGGCGUGGACUGGUCAAGAACCACUAUGUGUCCCUUUGUGUAACGAUCUUCCAUCACUCACUAAUGGAAUGAUCAUCUACAAUGUGUCUGAAGCACGACAUAGAACAGUUGCUACGUACACUUGUGAUGAAGGGUUCCAGCUUCAAGGAGAUGAGAUAAGGACCUGUGAAGAUGGAGUGUGGGCGGAAGCUAGUCCUCUUCAGUGUGCACAAGAAGCUCCUUCACUACUGAGUAUAGGUGCUGUGAUUAGCAUUGUGAUUGGAUCAUUGACUCUCAUUGUUGCUCUAUUCGUGGUCGUCAUUUUGCUGGUUGCUCUGAGGUAUCGGAAGUAUAAAUCACAGACCUCGAGCAUCAAUGAAAGUAGUCCACCAGAUAUGAGGCCUGAUGUUGCUGAUGAGCUUCCUGACCAUGAAUAUGAUUAUAUAAGUGUAGGGAAUUCAGAAACUUCCACUGAAAUUCCUCAACCCUCUACAGCAGGGGAUGAUGCUGCAGAGGUGCAAUUUGAACUAACACCCUGUGAGGCUUAUGCUAGGCCUGUAAAUCCUCAACCAUCUACAGCAGGGGAGGAUGCUUCAUGCAGAAGUGCAGUUUGAACUAACACCCUGUCACAGUGUGAGGCCUAUGGGCCUGUGACACUGAAUCCCCCCAUGCACGUUGAUAGUUACUGAUCUAUAUAUGCACAGGAUAUUAUAGUUGUGAACUAAUGUACUCUUCCAUGACCAUUAUUAAAGCUUGCACUGCCAGCAGUCCCCGGCCCUUAUAUUAGGUUGUAUUCACUUAACUGGUUAUUAAUUUUCGAAGGGUAUACAGUCAUUGCAUAGCAAUAUUGAAAAUGUCACACUAAAAAACGCUCUCGUAUAGCCAACAAACACUCAGCUGCAUGAUUGAGCACUUAGUUAUUAUUACAUUAAUUAUGACUCCGACGAGGAGAACAUAUAUAUUUAUAAUAGUGACUGUUGCCACCUACACAUGCAACGAGGGCUAUUAUGUAUAAUUAUGUUUUGGGUAGCCUCCUUCACAGGCUUGGGAGGGGACGAGGGGACGAGGGGAUGAGGCUAAUGUUGGUGGUGUUACAAGGACAUGCUGUUCCUGGGAAUGAAUGUGAACGAUUUCAAUUGGGAGGGCAGACAGAUGCAAUGUUAAUCACGAUGGAGUUUGUAGGAAUAUUGAAGUUUCCCUGGACCAUGCAGCGUAGUGCAUCUAUUGUGAUGAUGUUUCUGUUACGGAUUAUAAUAAUUUUUAUGGUUGCUGGAAUAACCGUUCGAAGGUUCCGUAAUCGUGUGAGGAUCGUGGUUCCCAACUGUGCCGAUAUCGAUCUUGUGAUGUGGGUGUCAUGCCUGAACUCAACCUUCUGGAGCAGAGCAAGCACUAUAGUGAGAAUGAGAUCAUCCUCCACGCUGCACUAUUUAUUGUGAAGUAGAAUGGUGUGGGCGUGGACUGGUCAAGAACCACUAUGUGUCCCUUUGUGUAACGAUCUUCCAUCACUCACUAAUGGAAUGAUCAUCUACAAUGUGUCUGAAGCACGACAUAGGACAGUUGCUACGUACACUUGUGAUGAAGGGUUCCAGCUUCAAGGCAUGCAUAUAUUCUCCUUCACUACUGAGUGUAGGUGCUGUGAUUGGCAUUGUGAUUGGAUCAUUGGCCCUUCUACUUGCUCUAUUAGUGGCGGUCAUUUUGCUGGUUGUUCUGAGAUAUCGGAAAUAUAAAUCACAGACCUCGAGCAUCAAUGAA